AUGUCUUCUCUAUUUUCUGACACCGUUGAAAGUGCUCCUCGACUCGGCGCCAUGUCGAACCCAGACUCUGCUAUCGCUGAACCCUCUUCGUUAAUGGCGAAUCUCCCUCUUGGAUAUGUUAUGCGGAGCUUUACAACUUUCAAACAACUGCAGAUAGACACCUCGAACAUCCUGAAGGUGCUCCAAGACAACGAAGAAAAUGGAAACCAGUACCUUGUUCUGCUCGGAGUCUCUAAGCGUGGCAUCGAAAAACUCGAGAAUCAAGGAUUAUCCGGCUUAGACUAUCGCUUUCAAUGGGAGGGAACUGUUGGACUUAUUAAAGUGGUCCCAUCGCAUACACAUAACGCCACUACUGAUCAAGUCACUCGGACUAUCGAUGAGUACUUAAUGGCGAUGGGAAUCCGAUCGGUCGAUAGAAAAUGGGCUAUGACAACAACCUAUAAGCCCACCGCUAGUAAGGGCAAGCAGGCUGACCAAUGUUUUAUCCCGCCGUGCCGCCGUGCCUCCCCUGGACAACCUGUUGGCUGGCCAACAUUCGUGAUUGAAACGGGUGUUUCAGAGUCUCUUUCGCGGCUCCGCGAAGAUGCCCAAUGGUGGUUCAAUAACUCCGGUGGAGAAGUUCGGAUAGUGUUAGUUAUUAGCAUCAAGCAAACCAAAGUCGAGUUUGAGCUUUGGCAGUUAGCCCCGCCAAAUUCACCCCGCCCUCUUACGCGAGUCUAUAUCGACUCUCUACGCCGGCGACAUCUACCGCCUCUUAUUCAGCAGGCUGCAGGUACACAACAGAUGUACUCUCACUAUAAGGUCGAUGUCACCUCAAGUGGCGUUGCAGGUGCCCCUCGAGUUGACAAUGCCCCUAUGGUGCUUCCAUUCGAGGCUCUUUAUAACCGGCCACCAGGAGUCACGGAGGGUGACUUGGUGCUUAGCGAUCAAGACUUUAAAGACUUUGUGGACACCAUUUUGUGA